AUGCUGAUCACGGAUUAUAUGACCAACAGAAUUCUCAACCCCGAAUGGGACCCAAUCGAGUUCCAACCUCAGGGAGAGUGUCUCCAAAUCCUGAGCCAGCCAGUGGAGUGUAUUCGAGCCGUAUGCCUGUCUCCCCCCGACUACUACCAUCCAAACAUCUGGGCCUUUUAUCUGUCCACGUCUGGAGAAGGAAUGAUAGCGGUAAGACUUGAAUGUCAACCAACUAGCCGCCGCAGAACCACUGUUGUUCUACAAGGUUCUAAAGCCAAAAUUCUAUUUCAAAAGACAUUGCUCUUGGUCCCACGCGGUGUGGAAGCGACCUUUGUCCUGAGCGUGAACCCGGGAUUCACGGUGAGGGAUAUCCGCAACAUAAUUGUUACGAAUAACCGGCACAAAUACGAGAUUGACGAAGAAGGUUGGAAUAGCCGAACCUGGGUUUAUGAUCAAAUCGAUCUCUUCAACCAGUAUGGUAUCUUCGCCAACCAGGGCGAGGUCGAACUUGUGAACGAUGGACUCCAUAAAAGGUGGCCAGGGGGGGCUCCUAACCCGCUCGAGGAAGGGGCUUACUAUGGGUGA